CGGGGCGCGCGUCCAGCUGCGGGCGACUAGCCUGCUCCCCCGAGGGGCGUGUGGCGCGCCCCAGGUGCGCCGGCCUCCGCGCCAGCGCCACCAUUUUGUGUGAGGGAAUGCCUCCUCCUUCCUCCGCCCGCCGCCGCCCGCUCCCCGGCUGCUGCUUGCUGUGCCCCCUCUACUCCCCUCCCCUCCCACCUCUCCCACCUGGAGCCUGUCCGCCCGGAUCGGUCGCCUCGGCGUGGGGGAAGCGGACCUGGUGGCUGGUGGGGCGGAAGCGUUUGGACUCGGGUUCAGCCACGGAUGCUCUGACCGCCUCUCUUACCUUUAACCGCUUUUGAAAUAGAGGAUGGCAUUCCCUGUGGAUAUGCUGGAUAAUUGCAGUCAUGAGGAAAUGGAAAAUUCUGCUGAAGAUUACAUGUCAGAUCUCAGGUGUGGGGACCCUGAAAAUCCUGAAUAUUUUUCUCUUCUCAAUAUUACGAUUCCUAUUAGCCUGUCAAAUGUAGGCUUUGUACCUCUCUAUGGUGGAGAUCAGACCCAGAAAGUUCUUGCUCUUUUUGCACCCGAGGACUCACUCACAGCUGUGGCACUUUACCUUGCUGAUCAGUGGUGGGCUAUUGAUGAUAUUGUGAAAACAUCUGUCCCUUCUAGAGAGGGACUUAAGCAGGUGAGAACUCUUGGGGAGAGAGUGGUUCUGUAUGUUCUGAAUCGAAUUAUUUAUAGAAAGCAGGAAAUGGAGAGAAAUGAGAUCCCAUUCCUGUGUCAUAGCAGUACUGAUUAUGCUAAGAUUCUGUGGAAGAAAGGAGAGGCCAUUGGGUUUUAUUCAGUUAAGCCUACAGGAAGCAUAUGUGCCUCGUUUCUUACCCAAAGCUACCAACUGCCAGUUCUUGAUACAAUGUUCGUAAGAAAGAAAUAUAGAGGCAAAGACUUUGGGCUUCAUAUGCUGGAGGACUUUGUUGAUUCCUUUACAGAAGAUGCACUUGGCUUGCGGUAUCCACUGACCUCUCUCAUGUACAUAGCUUGCAACCAGUACUUUGAAAAAUAUCCAGGAGACCAUGAACUGCUUUGGGAAGUUGAAGGUGUUGGACACUGGUACCAGAGGAUACCAAUCACCAGAGCAUUACAAAGAGAAACAUUUAAAAUUACGGCAGUUUCUCAAAAUGAAGCUAAAAGACCUGUGUCUGGAGAAUAUGGUCUUGCAUCUGUUCCAGACUAUGAAGCAGGAGCUGAAGACAGUCUGUCUAGUGAGAUGCAGCUAACUAUUGAUUCUCUAAAAGAUGCCUUUGCAAGUACUUCUGAAGGUCACGAUAAAACAUCUGUUUCCACUCGUACUCGAAGUAGUCAUUUAAAGCGGCCAAAGAUUGGAAAACGGUUUCAGGAUUCUGAAUUUAGUAGUUCUCAAGGGGAAGAUGAAAAGACUCCCCAGACUUCACCUACAGCUUCAGUGAACAAAUUGGAGUCUACUGCACGAACAUCAGAGAGCUCAGAAGAAUUCUUGGAAGAAGAACCUGAACAGAGUGUGAUUGAAUUUGAGGAUGAAAGUAGUGAUAAAAAUGUUCGACCAGCACCGGAAACCCAGCCAGGCCUGGAAAAGCAAGAAGGUGAAAAGGAAUCUGAAUCAGAGCCUAUGAAUGGUGAGAUAAUGGAUGAUACUCUUAAGACUUCACUUAUAACAGAAGAGGAGGACUCCACUGGUGAAGUUUUAGGUGAAGAAUUAAAAUUGCAGUCUUUUAAUUCCAGUGAAGACUCUACGAAUCUUGUUCCACUGGUGGUAGAAUCUUCAAAAUCUCCUGAGGCUGUUGCACAGGAUAAGACUUCACAUGUAACUGACUCAGAAAUGUUGCUAGAUGAAGGCCCAUCUGAUGACAAGGGGCACACUGAAGAGAGGCUGCCUCUAGUUUCAAGAAAGAAAGCACAUUUUGGGAGUUCAGACAAUGUGGCUACUAUCCCAAAUGAAGAACGGUCCGACAGUGGUUUUCCAAACUCCGUGAUAACUGAAUUUGCUGAAGAAUCAAUUCCUGAAAAUGUAUCACCCAACACUACUGCCUCAUUGGAAGACCAGGGUGAGGAGGGGGUAGCCGAGCCCCAGGAGACAUCUCCAGCUCUUCCUCAGAGCUCUUUAAUAGAGGUUGAACUUGAAGAUGUGCCAUUUUCACAGAAUGCAGGACAGAAGAACCAGUCAGAGGAGCAGUCUGAAGCAUCUUCUGAGCAACUGGAUCAGUUGACACAAUCAACAGAGAAGACUGUGGAUAGCAGCUCAGAGGAGAUAGAAGUGGAAGUGCCUGUGGUCGACAGGCGGAAUUUAAGAAGAAAGGCCAAAGGACACAAAGGACCUGCGAAGAAGAAAGCCAAGCUGACCUGAAUGAGGAAGAAAUGCGGAUGAUAGAUCCUCUUCUUUGUAACGUAAUUGUUGUUUUUAAAAUAUGGCAGUUAAUAAAUAGCAUGGGGCACAGGACAAAAACUCCAAAUUUUCAAUUUGAACUUAUUUAUGAUGCCGCUUUUCCCUCUCCUGUAGGACCUAGGAUUCACCGUUCUUUUUAAUUUUUCAGGCUAUUUUGUGUAAAUACAAUUUUUUUAAUUUUUAUUAACCAUGUUUCGAUUUUGGGAAACCAGAUCAUACUGUAUUUUCUUUAGCAGUUGGGGAUAUCUGACCAUUAAUAUUUC